AUGGAGGAGGGGGAAAGGAGCCCCCUGCUGUCCCAGGAGGCUGGAGGUCAGGAACCACCCCUCGCCAGGAGCAGCCCCCUCACUUCCAGUCGCCCAGAACCAGCUCCCUGGGAGGACCCAGCCUGGAGGGCAGGCCUUGGGGGAUUCCUGGCCUGCUUGCUCCCCUCAGAAAGCAGCUGCCUCAAGUGCCUACUCUUCCUGUCCAACUUCCUCUUCUCCCUGCUCAGCCUGCUGGCCCUGGCCAUCGGGCUCUGGGGCCUGGCUGUCAAGGGGUCUCUGGGAAGUAGUUGGGGGUCCCCCCUGCCUGCAGACCCCAUGCUGGGGCUGGUGCUGGGUGGGCUGGCGGUCAGCGCAGUGAGCCUGGCGGGCUGCCUGGGUGCCCUCUGUGAGAACGCCUUUCUGCUGCGCUGCUUCUCUGGGGGCGUCCUUGCCUUCCUGGUGCUGGAGGCCGUGGUGGGGGCCCUGGUGGUGGCCCUCUGGGGCCGGUUACAGGAUGGCCUGGAGCACGUCCUGCGCCUGGCCAUCACCCACUACCAAGACGACCCAGACCUGUGCUUCCUCAUCGACCAAGUCCAGCUGGGGCUGCAGUGCUGCGGGGCGGACUCCUACCAGGACUGGCAGCAGAACCUGUACUUUAACUGCAGCUCUCCUGGGGUCCAGGCCUGCAGCCUUCCUGCCUCCUGCUGCAUCGACCCCUGGGAAGGCGGAGCCUCUGUCAAUGACCAGUGCGGCUUCGGGGCCCUGGGCCUGGACGAGGACGCGGCCCAGAGGGUGGUGCAUCUGGAGGGCUGCAGUCCCCCACUCCUCCGGUGGCUGCACAGUAACAUCCGGACUUUGGGCUGCUACGCCAUCGGGGUCGUGCUGGUCCAGGGGGUGGAGCUCCUGCUGGCCAUCCAGCUGGUGAGGGCCCUGACUGUCCACAAGGGGGCAGCAGGGAGUGGGGGCCUGUCCACAGGAACCCCACCCAGUGUCCAGAGCUCUGCCAAACUGGUCGUGGGCCGACCAACAGCGGGGACGAAAGACCCCGCUGGGCCUGGCCAAGGCCCCGCCAUCCCUGCCACUUGCGCCUGCGCCAUCCACUCCUACUGA